AUGAAGUCACAAAAUUGUAAAUUUGAAGUAUUUUUCAAAAAUGACAAAGGUUUUGGAUUAAGACUUUUAGAGCCUUUAAAGAAAGGUCGAUUCAUAACAGAGUUUCCAGAAGCAUCAUCAAGUUAUGAAGAUUUGAGUGAUAUUACAGAUCAAUGGUUAACACAAGGUUUGUGGAAUGUUGUUCAGGACAAAACAACCAUCCAGGAUACAAAACAACUGGGCGGUAUAAUGUCCAAGUAUAUUAGUCAUUCAAAUGAGGCAAAUUGUGUUGUUCAGAAAUGGCAGGUGGGAGAAUUAAUAAUGACUGGACUAUACGCAAAAAGAGACAUUGAACAGAAUGAGGAACUUUUCUUGGAUUACACAGUUCCUUAUACCGGGCAUGGAAUCAUUGAUCCUAAGCCUGAUCCAUUAAUUGCAACUGAUAAGAACUUUUCCGACAAUCUCGGAAAACCAAUUGAAAAUGCUGAUGAUGUAAUUAAUUUCAGAAUAGAUUUGUUUCGUUGCACACACCGGUUUGAUAUGGCACCACAAGUAUUGGGUAGAUUAUCGAUUACCAAUGAUAUAAUUAUUCUCGGAUUUUUUAUUGAAGCACUAGGACUUGAUGUGUUGAGAGAUUUGUUGAAAGGAGAUCCUCCUAAUCUUGUCACUAUUAAAAAGAUAUUGGAAAUACUCAAGAAAUUGCCUUGUGACAGAAAAUAUUUAAAAUUUUAUAAUGAUUCAAAAAUCAAAGAAACACUAAUAAAAUUAGCACCUAAAAUAGUACAAUUCAAUGAUUUGUUUCAACAUCUCCUAAAAAAAUGGACAGAAAUUGAACCAAAGACUACACCUAGAAAACCCACACCAAUACCAUUACCACCUUUGCCACCAGUGCCAUCACCCUUUUCUGUAUCAUCACCUUACACUGCAACCAUUAAAUAUGCUCCCAGAUUCGAGCCUUAUUAUAAACCAAGAAAUUAUUAUGCUCCUCAUAAACCAUCACAAUCAUAUACUACUUCCACAACAACAAUAAAUGAUCCGCAAAGAAUAGCAAAAGAAGAUAAGGGCAAAGCACCUGCUUACGUUGGACCUAAUCAGUUGAAAAGUCAAGUAACGUAUGAAUCAUAUCCUAAGCAAAGAAAACAAAAUACACCUAUAAAAUCAUCCCAACCAACUAUAAUAAAAGAUAUACAAAGUAUCACAAAGAUUGAAAAUGAAAAAUCCAGUAGCAGCUUAAAGUCUAAAUCAUCAUUGUCAUCAUCUGCGAGAUAUGAACCAUAUGCAAUUCCAAAAAAACCUGUCACGCCAAAAUCAUCUCAAGAAUCAGCUGCUGGCCCUACUAUUGCUCCUAAAAUUAAUGAUGAUACAUUAAAAGAUAAGCUUCAAGGUGAAAUUAAUGCUGCAGUCUACCAAUGUAGUUUGGAAUUUAAGAAUGGUCUUGAUGAUAGAACUUUUGAGGAACAUGUUACCAAGUUAGGUGGACUUUGUUUUCAAAAGGAAUCAAAAAUUCCAAAAUCAACUGGACAAAAUUCUUAUGAAUUCACUGAUAAAGUUAGAAACCGUAUCAAAGAUUUUGUUAAAAUAUAUAUGAAAAAAUUAGUUGCAAAAGUUCAAGCAUCUAAAAUAGAACAGGAAAAAACGACUGAUUAG